GAAGACUGACAGCCAGGUCAAGAAAUGGCGGCGGUAGGGCUCUGCUGAGAAGAGAUUGUGCGAAGGACGCGCUAUGCGAUGCAUGCUGGCAUCAUUUUUUGACACUGGGUUUCUGGACGCUGGGGUGCCAUGAUGCUAGCAGAGCUGGUUCAAGUGUUGCGAGGGGCUAGCCUUGUUGGAAAGGCUUUUGCCCAAAUUCAAGGGGAGCAGUUCAGACUGAUGGCAUGCAACUCCACACUGGCCACUGGACUUAAAGUUGUUCAACAGCAGGCAGAAAACUGUAUCAGCACCAUGCUGGUAGAAAGAAGAUACCAGUCCCAGGCCCAAGAAAUGGACUUUGCAGAAGACAUCCCAAUACAGGAUGAAGAGGUCAUGAAAUGGGGGGUUUCGUCAGAAAUGUCUUCAAGUUCUUCAGAGUCUGUGACCACAAGAGAGCAAGAGGAGUCCAUCUCCAUACCUAACCAGGGUCAGACUUUCCAGAGUAAAUCCCAUCAGUUUACAGUAAGGAAAAAUUCAGCAGGACCCAAUGGGACAGGAGCAGGACAAGUGAGGUCCUUCCAUCACGAGUCGAGUUUUAGUGGCCUGACUGCAGAAGAGAUCAAGGAAGCAAGAGAAACCAGACUGAAGCAGUGUCAGGAUAGCCAGAAGAAGCCUGCUCGGCAAAAGCUAAGUGAACGCUCACGAGAAAGGAAAGUUCCCUCUUCUCGCAUCAGUAGGUUGGCAAAUUUUGGAGGUUUGGCAGUGAGUUUAGGACUUGGGUCCGUUGCAGAAAUGGUGAAAAAGUCUCUGAAUGGAGAGCAGAAAUUAGGAGAGCGCAGUGCCUUGCUUGAUUCACCCAUCCUGUCUGAAGCCAAUGCUGAGAAGAUUGUGGACACACUUUGCAAGGUUCGCGGAGCUGCUUUGAAACUUGGACAGAUGCUUAGUAUACAAGAUAACAGCUUCAUUAAUCCUCAGUUGCAGAAGAUCUUUGAGAGAGUACGACAGAGUGCUGAUUUCAUGCCAACUUGGCAAAUGGCCGGUGUGUUGUCUGAAGAACUUGGACCUAAUUGGAGAGAGAAACUUGCCUUUUUUGAGGAGAAACCCUUUGCAGCAGCCUCCAUAGGGCAAGUCCACCUGGGAGUGCUCCACAAUGGGCAGGAGGUUGCCAUAAAGAUCCAGUAUCCAGGAAUUGCUCAGAGUAUCCGCAGUGACCUGAACAACUUGCUCUCUGUUCUGAAGAUGAGUGUGCUGCUUCCAGAAGGCUUAUUUGCAGACAACAGCAUAGAGGUUCUUCAGCGAGAGCUUGAGUGGGAAUGCGAUUACAAGAGAGAGGCUGUGUGUGCUAAGAAAUUCAGGGAGCUUUUAAAGGAUGACCCUUUCUUCUAUGUACCUGAGGUUAUAGAUGAUUUGACUACCCAGCGUAUCCUGACAAUGGAGCUGGUGCAAGGUGUGCCCCUUGAUCUCUGUGUGAAUUUGGACCAAGAGACCCGUAAUGAGAUAUGCUUCAAUAUUCUUCAGCUGUGCCUUCGGGAAUUGUUUGAAUUUCGCUUCAUGCAGACUGACCCUAAUUGGUCCAACUUCUUUUAUGACUCGGAGCAUCAUAAGGUUGCUCUACUGGACUUUGGAGCAAGUCGGGAGUACAGAAAAGACUUUACAGAUGAUUAUAUUGAGGUCGUUAAGGCUGCAUCAAAUGGAGACAGGAUGAAGGUUUUACAGAAAUCUCAGGACCUCAAGUUUCUCACUGGGUACGAGACAAAGGUGUUUGAAGAAGCCCAUAUUGAUGCUGUAAUGAUUUUAGGAGAAGCCUUUGCUUCCCUUAACCCUUUCGACUUUGGUGCACAGAACACAACCCGUCGCAUUCAUAAUUUGAUCCCUAUCAUGCUUAAACACAGGCUCACCCCUCCCCCUGAGGAGACAUACUCUCUUCAUCGCAAAAUGGCUGGGUCCUUCCUCAUUUGCUCCAAGCUUAAAGCAAUCAUUCCCUGCAAAGAGAUGUUUCAGGCUUCUUAUGAGAAGUACUAUAGCAAUGGAGUAGUCACACAGUGAGGACUACACACCACCAUCAGCUCAGCCACUAGUAACGGCUGUAAGUCCAGGUAAAGACCGGGUGCUUUUGUUAGAAGUAUUCUGUCCCACCAUACGUCACUGUCUGAGAUACAAGCCAUUCAACUUGGAGUUUCCAUUAAAUAAACUAUUUAAGAUGAAAGAGGGCUUUCUCUGGGAAUGCUGCCAUUUUUAGCGACAAGUAUUUUUCAGUUCAGGGCACAUUUAGGAAAGAAGAUGAAGAAAUCCAUUUGUUGUUUUUUGUGAAUUUCGACCUUUAAAUUUUCUGAAUUGUUUAAUAAGAUGUUUCCCUUUUGAAAUAUCAACACAUUUUGCAGGCAUUAUAUUGAAAAUUGUUCUUUGUUUUGAGAAUAAAUGUACAGUAUAAUGGUUGU